AUGGCUUGGCCCUGCAUCACCCGGGCGUGCUGCAUCGCCCGCUUCUGGAACCAGCUGGACAAGGCGGACAUCGCGGUCCCUUUGGUCUUCACCAAAUACUCCGAGGCCACCGAGAACCCCGCGGCCCAGGUGGGUUUGCAGCAGCCACGCCCUUCCUCUGCCAUCGAGACCCAGCCCUCCAUCCUUGGCGGCGACCUGGAUGCAGUUGCCAGGGCGACUGCGGCUGGGGGGGACCACAAGGCUGGGCCGGGGCAGCAGCCGCUGGCCGACUCGGUGAUGCGCCAGGAUUACAAGCACUGGAAGGCGCAGCGGCCGGAGCCUAGCUGCAAACCCAAGAGCGAGUACCAGCCCUCGGAAACCCCCUUUGAGUCGGAGAGCCAGUACCAGAAGGAUUUCCGAGCCUGGCCCAUCCCCAAGAGAGGGGACCAUCCCUGGAUCCCCAAGCCAGCCCCGUCCCCUGGGCCAGCCUCGGACAAGGGCCCCCAGGAGAAACCUCCCAGCCAGGAGAAGAGGAGGAAGCUGCAGCCAGGGCAGGAGAAGAAGGAGGAGGAGUCAGAGCAAAGGGCAAAGGAGGAGCAGCCCAAGGCAGCCAGGGCUGAGGAAGGGCGGAAGAAGAGGGUCCAGGUGGUCGAGGAUGGGGGGCAGCAGCAGCCCGCGCUCUCGGUGUCCCAGGAGGCGGCCAAAGAGCGAGCAGCGGUGGAUGCCCUCAACAGGCAGAUCAGGGAGGAAUCGGCAGCCGGGGUGAGCAGCUCCUACAGAAAUGAAUUCAGACCUUGGGUAGACGUCAACAGAGUCAAGCUUAUAAAAGCUAAGUCCCAGUACAAGCCCCCGGACGAGAAAGUGAGCCACGAAACCAGUUACAGUUCUCAAUUCAAGGGGGAGCCCAACAAGCCUGUACAAGCCGAUAACAAAUUCAUCGAUCGCAGGAGGAUACGCAGCCUGUACAGCGAGCCCUUCCAAGAAUCUUCAAAGGUGGAGAAGCGUAGUGUUCAACCUUCCAAACCAAAAAAGACAACAACGAGCCAUAAACCACUGAAAAAGGCCAAAGACAAGCAGAUCGCAUCUGGCCGGGCUGCCAAGAAAAAGAGUGCUGAGAGCUCCAGUGGGACAAAGCCAGAGGACAAGGAGAAAAGUAAAGAGAUGAACAAUAAAUUGGCUGAGGCUAAAGAGACCCUCGAUAAAGCCACCGGUACUACAGACCAGGAACCAAGUACCUUAGCCCAGGACCCACCCACAUGA